AUGGAUCUGCCUAUGGUUGGGGGUCUAUUUACUUGGUCUAAUCUCCAAAAUCCACCUUUGCUUUCAAGAUUAGAUAGGUUUGUUGUGUCUCCAGAUUGGGAAGAUAGAUGUCCUGCAUUACUUCAGUCAAGAAUGAAAAGGCCAGUCUCUGACCAUGCUCUAGUAAUGCUAAGCUAUAAUGGAGGUAUUACUAUCAAAUCUCCAUUUAGAUUUGAAAAUUACUUUUUGAAUCACCCUGAAUUCUUGAACUGUUUUAAAAUCUGCUGGAACAAUCUUACUUUUUAUGGUAAAUCAAGUUUUGUGUUGGCAAAGAAGUUGCAAGGCCUUAAAUUUUUCAUUAAAAAAUGGGGAAGAGAGAAUUUUGGCUCUUUACAAGCUGAAGUUAAUAGGAUGGAGGAUCUUAUUGAUGUCAUGGAUAGUUUGGAGGAGAUAAAUACUUUCUCUAAUGAAGAAUUUGUGGAAAGAGAAGAUUUCAAAAUUAAGCAGAAGUACAAGGCCAAUGGAAUUAGCUAUCUAAUCAUUGAUGAUGCUAUGACUCAUGACAAGGAUGAUAUUAAUGCAGAAGCAAAGAGGUUCUACACUGAAUUUUUUGCUGAACAUACACCAUUAAGGCCUGCUUUUGGUGAUCUGAUACUUCCUUCUCUUAGUGUUAAUCACAGUAUCAUGCUUGAAAAACAUUUUGAGGAAAAAGAAAUAAAAAAUGUUCUCAAUUGUUUUGGAAAGAACAAGUCUCCAAGGCCUGAUGGUUACACUAUGGAAUUCUUUAAAGCCACUUGGGAAAUGAUUAAGCAUGAGUUGAUGGGAUUUUUUUAA